AUGGAGAAGACGGAGCUGAUCCAGAAGGCCAAGCUGGCCGAGCAGGCCGAGCGCUACGACGACAUGGCCACCUGCAUGAAGGCUGUGACCGAGCAGGGCGCCGAGCUGUCCAACGAGGAGCGCAACCUGCUGUCGGUGGCCUACAAGAACGUGGUCGGGGGCCGCAGGUCCGCCUGGAGGGUCAUCUCGAGCAUCGAGCAGAAGACCGACACCUCCGACAAGAAGUUGCAGCUGAUUAAGGACUAUCGGGAGAAAGUGGAGUCGGAGCUGAGGUCCAUCUGCACCACGGUCCUGGAAUUAUUGGAUAAGUAUUUAAUAGCCAAUGCAACUAAUCCAGAGAGUAAGGUCUUCUAUCUGAAAAUGAAGGGAGAUUACUUCCGGUACCUUGCUGAGGUUGCAUGUGGUGAUGAUCGAAAACAAACGAUAGAUAAUUCCCAAGGAGCUUACCAAGAAGCAUUUGAUAUAAGCAAGAAAGAGAUGCAACCCACACACCCAAUCCGCCUGGGGCUGGCUCUUAACUUUUCUGUAUUUUACUAUGAGAUCCUUAAUAACCCAGAGCUUGCCUGCACAUUGGCUAAAACGGCAUUCGAUGAAGCCAUUGCAGAGCUUGAUACAUUGAAUGAAGACUCAUACAAAGACAGCACCCUCAUCAUGCAGUUGCUUAGAGACAACUUAACAUUAUGGACAUCAGACAGUGCAGGAGAAGAAUGUGAUGCAGCAGAAGGGGCCGAAAACUAGAUGCAUACAGGGUGUCAUCCUCCUUCCCCUCGAGAAACCUUUUUACACGUCUCCAUUCCUAUUCCACUCGGAUUUCCUAUAGAAAGAAACCCACUCCUGUGUAUGGAAUCAGCCGUUUAUAGUCUUUUCACAUUGCAGCUUUGGGAAACUCCAUUCCUUGAUUUGUGUUUGUCUUGGCCUUCCUGGUGUGCAGUUCCUGCUGUAGAAAAGUAUUAAUAGCUUCAUUUCAUAUAAGCAUAAGCAAUUUCCAAACACUUAUGUAGAAAACUAAAACUUAUUCGGUAUUUAAGUAAUCUGAACCAGUUCUGCAAGUGACUGUGUUUUUGUAUUACUGUGAAGAUAUGAAAAUGUAGUUAAAUACAACUUAAAGAGUGUUCUACAUAACUUCUUAAUUUCUACAUUCCCUCCCUUACUCUCCUUUGGGGGUUUCCUUUCAGUAAGCAACUUUUACAUGCUCUUAAUAUAUUCCUUUUUAGUAGGAAUCCAGAAGUAUUAGAUUGAAUGGAAAAGCACUUGACAUUUCUGGGCUGGGGGUCACAUGUUGAAAUGCCUCCGAUACCAUAUAUUAUGGGGGUCAGGUAUAUUGUGACGACAGGGAGUCUCCUUAUUCACUCUUCAUUUGCUGCUGUUUAAGUUGACAGUUUCCCUUCCCAAUAAAAGUUCACUUACAUCUGC